CAAACUGUGAAAGCGUUUGUUACGGAUCAGCCCCACAGACUACGCCGACUCGCAAGUCUACAGUUCUCACGGUGUAUCAGGGAAAUUUCGAAAAAUACUUUACGAGGAAAACGCUUUUGAUACAAUCUUUAAAGGUUGAAUUUAUCAAGAUCAGGAAAAGGGACAGUCGAAAGUCCGCCCGAGUGACGUUCUCGUACUUUGACAACAGUGAUAUCUUGUGAUUUGUACUGUGUACAUCCCACUUCACUGUACACUACUUACAGUUAUGUUUCUUCGGGGUGAUAACGGUUUUAGGAAAUCCCGACGGACUAUUCCAAACGUCAGCUGUUUCAUACAGAGCGUGUACAACCUUAUGAUGUCAUCUAGACUCGUAGCGGUUCAAUGUGAGGCUGCAGCACUAUUGGUUGAAUUGUCGGCAGUUCCACAAGUGUUAGAGGGUGUUGAAAGGUGCUAUCUCAAGAUUUUGGCUCAAAAGAACGUCGACGACACCUUGAAGAAAAUCACUCAUGAAAGACUGAAAAACGUCCAAGAAAAAAGAAAAUCAAUCCCAAAGAGUCAAAAAAGGCGGCAAAAACUUGUCAAAUUAUAGGGAACGAAAAUGAAGUAUCCAAGAUCAUCUCUAGGAGUGGCAUAAACGGUCCAAGGAAGCAUGGAAGGAAUGUUUUCAGUCCUGUUCUCAGCAUCCAAUCGAAAAGGAAGAAGACAUCACAAGAAAACAAUCGAUUUGAAAUAACAAAGAGAAAGCUAUUUGAGGCGCGCGAAAAAGGCGCGUAACUUUGUCACGAAUGGUUUGAGUUUUAAAUCUAAUUGGUUGAGAAGAUGGCGCAAGUUUUCUAGACCAAUAUAUUAUAACGCAAAGUACUCGUCACACAAUUGAAAAUAUUCAAAUAGACCUUUGCCCACGUGAUUUCUUCACUUUUUCUGGAUAGAACUCUUAAGAUGGCUUCCUCAGGUUGUAUAUUCCAUUUAUUGCGUUAAAAAGUAUGACAAAGCUCAACAGUCAGGACCACCAGAAACUGACAGAAAAGCUGAGAGACAAGGACCUGACAUAGUGCCAGUAAUACGGGGGGAUAUACAACAUCUGUCCUUCCUUCAAAAUACACUCCUGAUAAACUGCUGAAGAGAAUUCAGGAAAUUUGACGAGAUCAGGCACUUCAACAUCCACCUGAAAAUACAAAAUUGGAUAGCAAUCUUAUUUUUAUGUAAAAGUAUCUCUAAUUUGUAAUAAGGAUUGUAUUUCAAAUAUGACACUUAUUUGAAGUUA